CCCGGCGCAGCUUCCGGGGCAGGCGCGGCCGUUCCGGGCGGUGCGGGCACCAUGGGGGUGACGCGGCAGAAACACGCCAAGAAGAUCAUGGGCUUUUAUAAGCACAGCUUCCAGUUCCGCGAGCCCUUCCAGGUGCUGCUGGACGGCACCUUCUGCCAGGCCGCGCUCCGCAACAAGAUCCAGAUCCGGGAGCAGCUGCCCGGGUACCUGGGCGGCGCCGCGCAGCUCUGCACCACGCGAUGUGUUAUAAAAGAACUGGAAUCAUUGGGGAAAGCACUGUAUGGAGCAAAAUUAAUUGCCCAGAGAUUUCAAGUUCGAAACUGUUCUCACCACAAGGAUCCCGUGAGUGGUUCCACCUGUUUACUUUCUAUGAUUGUAGACGGCAACCCUCAUCACUUCUUUAUUGCUACACAGGACCAGGACUUAUCAAACAAAGUGAAAAAGAAGCCUGGUGUUCCUCUCCUCUUUAUUAUUCAAAACACAAUGGUGUUAGACAAACCUUCUCCUAAAUCUUUGGCAUUUGUUCAAAAGUUGCAGACAAAUCAGCUUGUUCCAGAGUACCAAAAACAAAGUAUUGUGGAGCUUAAAGAAAAAGAAGGACUAGCAAAGCAAGAAGGUGAAAAGAGGAGAAAACGCAAAAGGGCAGGUGGCCCCAAUCCACUCAGCUGUCUGAAGAAAAAAAAGAAGAAAACACAGGAGGGUCAGGAUCCUUCUGCUGAAAAGAAGAAAAGAAGAAAAAGAAAACGAAAUAGAGUUAAAGCAGAAGCCAUGCCAUCAGUGCAGAAGAAAGGAGAAUAAGUCCAUCUAUGUAAACAGCACAUGGCUUGAACAUUGUUUGAACUUUGCAAAAAGAAAGAUUAUUAUGCAUGAAAUUGCGUUGUUAAUAUUAAAACUUAUUUUUAUUA